AUGAAACUCUUUAUCACAUUUAUUUUUAUAUUUUGUGUUUGUCAUGCUCUUCCAAGUGUGGAAAAUUCUCCUCUUAUUGUAGGUGGUGAUGAUGCUGUUGAAGGUGCUGCCCCAUUCAUGGUUUCUGUUCAGUCAGUUGCAAUUGUUAUAAGUCGACAAAAAAUAUCUAACCACCCACCGCUGUAUAUUGGAUCUGAUGUUAUUUCUUUUGCCGAUCAAGUCAGAAGUUUAGGGCUGAUAAUUGACUGCCAAUUAACAUGGAAAAAUCAUGUGGAUAAAAUUUAUUGCAACGCUAUGGCUUCAAUUCAGACCUUAAGAAAAUCGAUUAAAAUUACUCCGGAAAAGACAAGGAAAUUAUUAAUCAAUUCUCUCGUGAUGCCUCAAAUUCUUUACUGUAGCAACAUAUUCAUGGGUUGCAAUCGGUCUUGUUGGGCAACGAUAUCUUUAAUUUUUAAUGCCUGUUUAAGAUAUGCAUUUGAUCUAAAAAAAUUUGAAUCAAUUUCACCAUACAGAAAUAAACUGCUUGAAUGUUCGAUUGAAAAUUAUGUGCAGUAUCGAGCGUGUUUAUUUUUGUUUCAACUAUUAAAAAACAAACAACCAGAGUAUUUGUAUCGCGAAAUAAAUUUUCCUAGAUUUCCUCGAAAUAGGGCAUUGAGUUUUCCGGAUAUGCGAAAAACAAAGCAAUCAGACUGUUCGUUCUUUGUUUAUGGUGUUCGCCUGUGGAAUUCCUUAAGUUCCGAAAUUAGAUUACUUGAAUCUGUGACAGAAUUUAGGAGCCAGUGCAUGGGGCAUUUUUCAGACACAUAA